GGCGUCCCCCGGCGCGAGGAGGCGGUGGAGAGCGAUCCCGGGCAAUCCCGGCUGUCCCAGCUAUCCCGGCGGUCCCGGCGCGGCGCUGCGGAGGCGGCGGAGGCACCGUCGGGCAGGAGCGGGAGCGGGAGCAGGAGCAGCUCCGAAACUCGAGUUGGGCUGGCGGUUCAGUAAAUACACCGCUCUGCUGGCAUGGAACGGUCGGUUCGGUGCUGUCGGUAAUGGCAUCCAGCUGCGGCCAAGUUCUCUGAAGUGGAAGCGAGGUGUUCACCGCCCCCGCCGCCCCCAGUCUGUGUUUGAGAAUUGACUGGGAAAAAAAAAAAAGAGUAGAAAGAGUAGAGAUCUGAAGAAAUUCCAGAUGAUGGCUUCUGACGCGAGUCAUAUGCUGGAGGCAGCUUUGGAGCAGAUGGAUGACAUCAUUGCAGGUACAAAGUCAGCUACAGAGUAUGCUAAUGGUGGUUAUGAUAUUGUGUCACCUGCUCCGUCAGUGUACUUGGGCACAUUUCAAAUUCUGCAUCUCCUGGAAGAUCUAAAGAUGGCAUUGGAAAUGCUGGAGGAUCCUCAGGAGAAAGAGGCAUUGAGAAAUCAAAUUCCAGGGGCCACAGCAGUGUGUCUGCGGGAGUGGUUCGAAGAGAAUCUGUCACAGGUGAAUCAUCAUCCAUCCAAUAAUGAAACUUAUCAAGAGAGGCUGGCACGAUUAGAAGGUGAUAAAGAGUCACUCAUACUGCAGGUGAGUGUUCUUACAGACCAGGUGGAAGCUCAGGGAGAAAAAAUCCGGGACUUGGAAAUCUGUCUUGAGGGGCAUCAGUUGAAGCUGAAUGCUACAGAAGAAAUGCUUCAACAGGAAUUGCUGAGUCGCACAUCGCUGGAGACACAGAAAUUAGAUCUGAUGGCUGAAGUUUCAGACCUGAAGAUUAAGCUGGUUGGUAUGGAAAAGGAACAGAGUGAAUAUGAAGAGAAACAGAACAAAGCUGAGGGUUUGCUGCAGGAACUUAGGCACCUCAAAAUUAAAGUGGAAGAACUGGAAAAUGAAAGAAAUCAAUACGAGUGGAAAUUAAAAGCUACUAAAGCUGAGAUAGCCCAGCUUCAAGAGCAAUUAGCUCUCAAAGAUGCAGAGAUAGAACGCCUGCAAAGUCAACUCUCUAGGACCUCAUCAUACAGCGAAGUGGCAGAAAGAGAGGAAGUUUAUAGGAGAAGGCUAAAAGAAAAACAUCAAGAAGUUCAGCGACUGAAGAUAGGAAUGGAAUCGUUAUUGGCUGCAAAUGAAGAAAAGGACCGUCGAAUAGAGGAACUGACGCUGUUGCUGAGCCAGUACAGGAGGGUCAAAGACAUCAUGAUUGCAGCUCAUGGCUCUUCUGUCUCUGGUGGCAGUGAAGAGGAAGUUGAGAUAACUUUAAGGAAGUGGAAUCUUUUGAAUAAUUCUCAAGGAGAAUUACUGAAAACAGAGGCCUCUUCAGGAGAAUUGUCACAAGCUGUGCUCCCUCCAGUGCCACACAAAGCUAUGGAAAUCAGUGGAAGCAUUCCAGUAUCUUCGACUAAUAUGACCUCUCCACAAGAAGAAUCUUUGGAAAUCAUAAACAGGGUUCCACAGAAAAAAAAGUCAAGUAGUUUAGAAGACUUGCAGAGUGAAUCCCUGGAAAAGUAUGUAGAUGGAAAACCAGCACAGCCUGUUGUAGAACAAGAGAGUAAGCCAGUUGUGAAGGGCAGCAAGUACCAAACCUUGCCAGGAAAGAUGCCCCGACCCUUGCAGAAUGGAGAGCAGGGAACAUAUCACUCUCCAGAUGGAUGUGGGAUGAGCGAGGAAAACGGCGUCCCGGGCCUGAGAGAAACAGAGAACAUGGAUGGUACAGUAGUCUCAGAUGACCCUUCACCUCUUUCUUCGGGAACGGAUUCAAGUCCACAAUCUCCAUGGUCUCCAGAAAACAGAAAGAGUCCAAAAGGGAUCAAGAAAAUCUGGGGAAAAAUAAGAAGAACUCAGUCAGGUAACUUCCCUGCAGACGACCUGGGGUUGGCAGAGUUCCGAAGAGGUGGCCUCCGUGCUACAGCUGGGCCUCGGUUAUCCCGGUCCAAGGACACCAAAGGCCAGAAGAGUGACUACAACGCUCCAUUUGCUCAGUGGAGCACCGAGAGAGUUUGUAACUGGCUUGAGGACUUUGGUCUCGGCCAGUACGUCAUUUUUGCGCGGCAGUGGGUGACGUCGGGCCACACACUGUUAACUGCCACACCUCAGGACAUGGAAAAGGAAAUGGGAAUAAAGCAUCCACUGCACAGGAAGAAAUUAGUUUUGGCCAUUAAGUCAAUAAAUGCAAAACAGGAUGAGAAGUCUGCACAACUUGAUCAUAUCUGGGUGACACGAUGGCUCGAUGACAUUGGCUUACCUCAGUACAAAGACCAGUUUCAUGAAUCCAGAGUUGAUGGGAGGAUGUUGCAGUACUUAACUGUGAACGACCUUCUCUUUCUGAAAGUCACCAGUCAGCUGCAUCAUCUGAGCAUUAAAUGUGCCAUUCAUGUGCUGCACGUCAACAAUUUCAACCCCCACUGCCUACGCAGGAGACCGGUUGAGGAGAACAACGUGUCGCCUUCUGAUGUGGUUCAGUGGUCCAACCACCGAGUGAUGGAAUGGCUCAGAUCAGUGGAUCUGGCAGAAUAUGCACCAAACCUUCGAGGGAGCGGAGUGCACGGGGGCCUGAUUAUUCUCGAACCUCGCUUCAACGGGGACGCGCUGGCCAUGCUCCUGAACAUCCCACCUCAAAAGACCCUCCUGCGCCGCCACCUCACCACCAAUUUUAAUGUAUUAAUUGGACCAGAGGCACAGCAAGAAAAAAGAGAAAUAAUGGAGUCAGCAGCCUACACACCUCUGACCACCACUGCCAAAGUCCGGCCAAAGAAACUUGGAUUUUCCCACUUUGGAAACUUAAGAAAAAAGAAGUUUGAUGAAUCAACAGACUACAUUUGCCCUAUGGAUACAAACCCAGCUGCUACGAAUGGUACUCCAAAAAACUAUGGUGGAUACAAAGGACUUAGUCCUUUCACUGAUAGGGAACUGGAUCAGAUGGAACACUCAGAAGGCACAGUAAUGCAAAUAGGGGCUCUUUCUCAAGGCAUAAGCCAGCUUACGGUAGGUAUUCAUUUCACUCUUGUUCUAAAGUCACAAAUGUGUUCUGUCUGCUACAAUUCAGUGAAAGUUUGUCAUUGAUGGUGGUAGUUAAGAGUAAGUGGGUCACUAUUCUUGUUAAAUACCUCCUUAUAGCCUGGUUGGGCAUUUGGUAAAGAAACCACCCUGCUUUUAAAUUGCUCUAGAAAUUAAGUUUCACUUAGGCCUAUUUAAGUUUUCAUGAACUCUGCUAUCUCUUUAACACAAUGACAGAUAUUCAUCCCCUUAAAUGAAAACAAUUCUUCAAAGAUUUUGCACCACCAAAUGCCUCAGUCCCAGCAAGGACUAGGAAUGUCUUAGGUACAGACUUGAAAAUGUACAUGAGCUAAAACUCCAUGGAAAACAAACAACCCCCCCCUUCCUCAUUAUUAACUCCUCACUCCACAGAGGCUAAUUUAUUAAAAAACAAAAAUAAGGGACUGAAUGAUAUAAUGAAGAAUUAUAUAAGGUAGUUGAGUCGCAUGCCACACACGAGCUCUCUAAGGAUUUCCUCAAGCAAAAAAGUGUAUUUAAAGCUAUAUUCAAGAAAUUCCUUUUAACUGUAUGCAGCUCUAACUCCCCCUGUUGUGAGUCUGAUCUCAUUACAGCUGGGUUUCUGUGACUGAACACUUUCUCACUCCUUCCCUCCCAUCUUGCCUUUUCAGACGCUGUUAAGCCAGGAUGAAAUGCUGAAUGACAGCAAGUUUUUAGCACCUACCUUUGAAGACUGGAGAUGAUGUUCCAGCGUGACCAAGAACACUACUCAUACCUCAUGCCUGUCAGGAGUGGCCAGGAGCAGCUGGAGGCCCUGGUGCAGGAUGGCUUUACCUCUCUUCUACUACUGUGACUUAGCACAUAGCAUUUAAUGUAGCCACACCUCACAGGUAACUCUCCUCUGUGCUGUUUUUCCACAUAGUGUCAUAUGAAAUAGGUGUUGGGAGAAGAAUGGGACUCAGAUCCAGAGUCUGGAAAGCCAAGACUGGCACCCUGUUUUACCCUUUCAUUCAGUCCUCUUUUACAUGGUGUGUUACAUGAAAGACCUUUUGUAAUAUUUUUUAUUUUUAUAAUUAACUUGUAACGCAGGAAUCAUUAAUACACUACUGUACCGUGUGGGCUUCCAUCAGAGCUACCUGGAAAUUCAGGUGGAUGCUGGUGAGUGCAGCAGUGAUGGCUCACUCAGUACUACUCUGGUCUUGCCAGACUGGUUCCCAUAAAGGAUUUUAAUCUCUCAUCCCUUUCACUAGCACACGUCCUGCCCUCUUUUUAUCUAAGUCAGUGCAGUGUCUUCUGGGAAGAAUGGAACAUAAUGCUGUCCAUCAAGCCCUUGAUUUUAUCAGGAGGACAACAAGCUAGCAUGUUCACAAAUCUUCGUCUGAUGCAAAAAGAUGCUGAACUACAGCACGAUUGUAACUCCAAGACUACCAGAAAAGUAUCAUAAUAAAACAAAUAUUUAUUUCUUUAAAACACCUGGCAAAACACAUCUGUUGCUACUCUGCUGAGCUAGGCAUGACUGCAGCAGAGGGAAUUAUGGCCUCUCACUACUUACUUGAGGGGCUGCUUGAGGGUGAAACCAUCUCCUUUACAGCAGCAAUUACUUGUGGCAUCUGUUUACAUGUGCCUCUCUUGUAUUAAUGAGCUAUUAACAAGCUAUGUUAGUAAACAGGGAAAUGCCAGACAGAAAUCUGCUUAGCUGUAAGGAAAAGACUUUGUAUCUGGCUGGUUUGCCUUACUCUCCGACUCUCUUGCAACACUCACUGACUGCGGGGUGUUGUUUUACAUACUAAUAGAGCCUGAGGGCAGGUCACUCCCAGCCACAACCCUCCCAAAUAAAGGGGAAAUCUCCACUAUUGUCCAGAGCAUGCAGCAAGGGCUCUUUGAGAACUACCAGUGGCACUUUUUGAAGGUGACCUAUCCUACUCCUCACUCCAUGAGUUUCUCAUGGCAGACCUUGGAGUGUACAGUCAGAUUUAGGAAGCUAAACACAUGAUUUUUAUGGUUCAAAAUGGUAGAGCCAAAGCAAAUUCUUUUCAGUUGCUGAAAAAUUAAAUGAUAAUGGAAAAUCCAGAGGCAUGAGAUGUCAGUCUGCACAUCAGCCAACUACAAAUGUUUAAUAAAAGCUAUUAAAUGUACCAGUCUGGCAGUGCAGUCAGUACUAGUGACCAGAUCAGGCAUCAUGGGCAUUUGAAACACCUUUCCAGGUUAAUUAGCCAGCAGACUGCAAAUGGGAUAAACUGCUCCAGCAGAGGCAGCCUUAGUAUCACUGGGAUAUUCCAAACAGAUUUUCCUAUUUCUUUCAAAGCUGUGUUUUUAACUCAGUGUGUUGUUGUGCUAACUUGGCUGUGAAUAGUCAAUCUAUAAAAUUAUUGAUUUUUUUUUAAAUAUAAGUAGUAAGAAAUCCUAAUUAGCAUAACACUGGUAUAAAUGCUUAUUUUUUGACUGUUAGCAAUAAAUUCUGGAUGUUCCUUUA